AGAUAUUCGCCACCUCUUAAGCAGCUGUUUGCACAGUAUGAAUUUGUCAUCCAAGAGAUUUAAACAUGUGGGCAGAGGAUGAUUUGUAUCCAGGUGUGCCGUGUCUCCAAAGCUACACGGAGCCUGUAAAUGGUCAAAUAUACCUAAUGUAUCAUGGGACCUCUCAAUAUGCUGCACAGCAGAUCAUGGCCUGUGGCUUUCGGCCAUCUGCAAAUGGCAUGCUUGGACGUGGCGUCUACCUCAGCCGAGAUCUUAACAAGGCCAGCAGAUACCCACUUAAUCUGCCUGAGCAUCAGAGAGUUGUUAUCAGAGUGCAGGUCAAUGUUGGAAGAGUAAAAAAAAUCGACUAUCAAGGUCAUCCAAUGCAGAAAAACUGGCAUGAUCAUGGGUACGACACUGCCUGGUGCCCUCCAAACUGUGGCAUGGUGCCGAGCGGCCUGGAAGAAGACUGUAUUUGGGAUCCAUGCCGGAUUCAGAUCAUUGAUAUCAUUUACCCAAAAGUGCAGUGCGGCUAUUAUAUGCCAUUUAUAUACCUGCUUUCAGGAAGAAGCAAUCAGCUUCAAAAGCAACAUCAGAGAGAUUCGAUUUGUCCUUUUUCAAACAUGUGGGUUGAAGACGAUUUGGGUCCAAGUGCUCCACCAUGCCUUGAGAGUUUCAGAGAACCAGCGGAUGGUAGAGUCUACAGAAUGUAUCAUGGCACAUCAAAGGAAGCUGCCAAAAAAAUCAAGGUCUCUGGCUUCAAACCAUCUUCUAAUGGAAUGCUUGGACCUGGUGUUUACCUCAGCCGAGAUCUAGAUAAGGCCUCCAGAUACCCUCUGGGUCUAGAAGAUGAGCAUCAGAAAGUGGUUCUGAGAGUGAAAGUUGAUGUUGGGAAAGUGAAGAAGAUUGACCACCAAGGUCAUCCACUGCAGUUUACCUGGCAUGAUCACGGGUACGACACUGCCUGGUGUCCUCCAAACUGUGGCAUGGUGCGAAGUGGUCUUGAGGAAGACUGUGUUUGGGAUCCAAAACGAAUCACAGUCAUUGGGGAAAUACGCCCAAAAACCUAAGGAGCACAUGGGGCCUGCCAUGAGCCUUGCAGUGUGCUUUCCCAUGAAGUGUAAAAUUAAUAGUUCUAAAAUGUUUUUUGAAAAUGUUAUUCCAGCUGUUGAAUA